CGAUUUUAAAAUCGUUUUGCAACUCUACUACACAAGCCAGCCGAAAAAAAUUUAAGAAAAAUUGCAAAAUAUUUUUUGGUCAACGAUUUUAUAGUUGGUACUUCUUCCAAGUACCGAAAACUAUAUUCUUGCCAACCGGAUGGCAGUCUGAAACGAGGGAACGCAAACACAGGAAAGGUAAAAAUAAAAAGCAAAAAUGACCCAAUAUCUUCCGCCCAAUCUGCUGGCGCUAUUUGCGGCCCGGGACCCUAUUCCAUUCAUGCCGCCGGUGGAUAAGCUGCCGCAUGAGAAGAAAUCGCGUGGCUACCUGGGAGUGGCCAAGUUCAUGUCCGACUUCGAAGACCCUAAGGACACGCCACUGCCCAAAACUGUGGAGACACGCCAGGAGAGGCUAGAGCGACGGCGGCGCGAGAAGGCCGAGCAAGUGGCGUACAAGCUGGAGCGCGAGAUUGCGCUGUGGGACCCGACCGAAAUCAAGAACGCUACUGAGGACCCGUUUCGUACGCUGUUCAUCGCACGCAUUAACUACGAUACCUCAGAGUCCAAGCUGCGCCGCGAAUUCGAGUUCUACGGGCCCAUCAAGAAGAUUGUUCUGAUCCAUGACCAGGAGUCAGGUAAACCCAAGGGCUACGCCUUUAUCGAGUACGAGCACGAGCGGGAUAUGCACGCCGCCUACAAGCAUGCCGACGGUAAGAAGAUCGACAGCAAGCGGGUCCUGGUAGACGUGGAACGAGCUCGCACUGUGAAGGGUUGGCUUCCGCGACGCCUAGGUGGCGGUCUUGGCGGCACGCGACGCGGUGGCAACGACGUCAACAUUAAACACUCUGGACGCGAGGACAAUGAGCGAGAACGCGAACGCUACAGACUGGAACGAGAGCGAGAGGAUCGCGAAGGUCCUGGGCGCGGCGGCAAUAACGGCAUGGAGGCCGCCAGGGGCGGUCGUGGUUUUGGAGCAGACCGUCGUCGAUCCCGCUCCAGGGACCGUCGAGACAGAGAGCGCGAUCGCGGACGUGGUGCUGUGGGCGCUAGUGGGCGCUCGCGCAGCCGAUCCCGCGAGCGCAGAAAACGACGAGCCGGCAGUCGCGACCGAUAUGAUGAGUUUGACCGAAGGGAUAGGCGCGACCGAGAACGGGAGCGUGAUCGCGAUCGUGAUCGUGAGCGUGAUCAGAAGAAGAAAAAGCGUUCCAAGUCACGCGAACGAGAAUCCUCCCGGGAGCGCCGCGAACGGAAGCGGGAGCGAAGAGAUCGUGAACGAGGUACCGGAGCUGCCAGCGGCGGUGAUGUUAAGGAGCGCAAGCCCGACUUCCGGGAAAUGGACAUCAUUAAAAUAAAGGAAGAGCCCAUUGAUGACGGGUAUCCGACAUUCGACUACCAGAACACGGCUAUUAAGCGCGAGGUCGACGACGACGAGGACGAGGAAAAGUACCGGCCGCCGCCGUCUGCGCACCACAACAUGUUUAGUGUGCCACCGCCACCCAUUUUAGGGCGUAGCAAUGCCAACGCCAAUUCCGACAAUGGCCAGCAGCAGAGCUCCAGCAACGACCAGAGCUGGUGGCGCCAGUAAGGUCGAGGUUAAUCGUAAACAAAAAGCCGACUUUUGGGUCGCACGCGCCUAUUUAUUCAUUUGACUUGAGAGUCCCAAAGUGGAGUCGCAAUCUAGAAGGGGAGUUCCGCAUCCACAACCUAAACCAAUUCACGGUUACCAUUUUACACAGCAAAUUUUAAAGGUACAGCAAAAAACCAGACCGCAGAACUCACUAAUGUGUGCGUGUAGCUUAAAACAUUUAAAUUUAUAAGUAAUUCUUAACAAAAAGAAAAUGAAUAUGAAAGAAAAGUAAGUAAAAUAAAGCUAGCCCUACACGUGUUUGUUUCCCCACCUUUGGUAAGGGGGUCAAAGGGAAGACUCUGAGGAUCCAGGUGCAGGAUGCGAGGAUAGAUGGUAUAUAAUCCCAUGGUGGUUCCUGGGACUUUCUUAAUUUCAUAUUAACUUAAGCUCAACAACAAAACGCAACUUGAUCACAAACCCUUGCACUAACUCGUGCCUUUUAUUUUCUUUGUCUUUUUGCAGUUUUCAAUCAGUUUUCAGAAAAUCUGACUAAUGUGAGAAACCAUAAGUAUUCAAUGCAUUACAGAAAUCCAAAUCCAAUCCAAAAGCACGGAAAUUAGUUCCGCAAGAAUUCGUAGCAAAAAGUCAAAGUCCAAAGCCCGCAUCAGGUAAUUUGGUCAACGUACAAACCUCACUAAUCUAUGCGUCGUCUACCGUUCUAGGACAAAAUCUCUAGAAUCGGGACAGCCACAGAAUCUGAAACAGAAACUGACACUUCACUCCUUCUCCUCCGCUCUGAGUUGCCCGUUGUGGGGCUAUGUAAGUUAAACGGGGCUUAAGUUUCAAAAACCUUCCGAACCGAAUGUAAGUUGCCUCCGGUAAGAUUUUACGCCUCUGGGCGAUUUUAUAAGGGAGUAGCAUUCCUUUGUUUGGUACACAUUGAGAAGUGCUCCGAUGGUCGUCUGUGGCAAUCCUCUAAUGCAUUCUUCAUUAUGUCUGUAACCAAUUUACAAUCUCGAUCUUUUCAUGUACGUUGUUGCGCUGACGAACUCGCGGCGGAGACUUGCACAUAGAAAGUUAAAAGGCUUGAACGGUUUGGUAACUGGUAAACUGACAGGUCAAGUCCUCUCUGGGGUUCCAGAUUCAAUCAUCGAAGUAGGUUCGGACAUUCACAAAUUAAUCUUAUUGUUUUGAUAUUUUUCGGUUCACAAGAAUUUUUUAACACGUAAAAACUGACUGCAAAUAAGUUUUUAGCUUCUUAGUUGCCUUAGAAUUGACUCAUUAUUUAAGGCAAAGGCCAGGCUAUUUGCUUGGGUUU